AUGAACGGGAUUCAGCCGCCUAGUUUGCUUACUCCAAAUCUUGGACCUAGACCACUUGGACCGCCUGGGUCAAUAAACAAACCCCAUGCCCCCCCUGGGGGACCUAUUGGACCGCCAGGGCCAAGAAUCAACGGUUCUUUGACUAAGUUGGGUCCACCUGGUCCAACCGGGACUCCACGGCCCUUGGGCCCACCUAGUUUUCGUCCUGUGAUCAACGGUGGUAAUGGACCAGUUAAAAAUGGACCGUCAAGUGGCACACCAGUUAUUGAAAUAUAUUUUCCUAUUAGUGUUCAAUUUUCCAGUACCCCGGUAGCUUCAGAAUUUGGACAAUCUCAUUCAUCCUCAGGGAAAUCCUCUGCUAUUAGUCAAAGUACAUCCGGUCCUCGGGCCCCUGGACCACCUUCAUCCACCUCUGGACCCCCCACAUUGGCCCCACUCGGACCCUCCUCCAGUGCAACUUCUACCCGAUCCAAUACCCCCAGUAAUCUCGGAGGACCAUCUCCCGCUUUUAGCGGCCCACCAUCUUCUUCUGGUCCUGCCUCAUCAUAUUUCACAGGACCAUCUCCGGCAGUUUCGCCCAUCGGGCCAUCUCUACCCAGCUCCAGGUCGACUCCAAACCUGCAGAAUUCAGAUGUCCGACCUCCGUUCUCAACCUCUGUCUCACAGCCUCCAUUUAAUUCCUCUUUACCUAGGAGUAGAACCAUGGGUGGUCCAUCUCCUAUGGGUGGACCCUUACCAAUGGGUGGUCCCUCUCCGCUAGGAGUGCCUCAACAAAAUUUUGGUGGACCCUCACAAAUGGGUGGACCCCCACAUAUUGGUGCACCCCAACAAAUGGAUGGACCUCCAAAAAUGGGUGGAACUCCACAAAUGGGUGGACCUCCACAAAUGGGUGGACCUCCACAAAUGGGUGGACCUCCACAAAUGGGUGGACCUCCACAAAUGGGUGGACCUCCACAAAUGGGUGGACCUCCUCAAAUGGGUGGAACUCUUCUUUUGUUUUGUUUUACAAUGGGUACUAAUGUAUCUUAA